AUGAAUUUCCUCCGCGGGGUCAUGGGGGGCCAGAGUGCAGGACCCCAGCACACGGAAGCCGAGACGAUCCAAAAGCUUUGUGACCGAGUAGCUUCAUCUACUUUACUAGAUGAUCGAAGAAAUGCCGUGCGUGCUCUCAAAUCAUUAUCUAAGAAAUAUCGCUUGGAAGUGGGUAUUCAAGCAAUGGAACAUCUUAUCCAUGUUUUACAAACAGAUCGUUCGGAUUCUGAAAUAAUAGGUUAUGCUUUGGAUACACUAUUUAAUAUAAUAUCUAAUGAUGAAGAAGAAGAAUUAGAUGAAAAUUCCAUAAGACAGAGUGAAGAUUUGGGAAGCCAGUUUACAGAAAUUUUUAUUAAGCAGCAAGAAAAUGUCACUCUCCUGUUAUCUUUGUUGGAGGACUUCGAUUUCCAUGUUCGAUGGCCAGGUGUGAAGCUUCUUACUGCUCUUUUGAAACACCUAGGGCCUCAGGUGCAGCAAAUUAUUUUAGUUAGUCCCAUGGGUGUUUCAAGACUGAUGGACUUAUUAGCAGAUUCCAGGGAAGUUAUACGUAAUGAUGGUGUCUUACUACUACAAGCACUAACAAGAAGUAAUGGCGCAAUUCAGAAAAUUGUUGCUUUCGAAAAUGCUUUUGAGAGACUACUGGACAUUAUUACAGAGGAGGGCAACAGUGAUGGAGGUAUAGUUGUGGAAGAUUGUCUGAUUUUGCUCCAAAACUUGUUAAAAAACAACAAUUCCAAUCAAAAUUUUUUUAAAGAAGGCUCGUAUAUUCAACGUAUGAAACCUUGGUUUGAAGUUGGAGAUGAAAAUUCUGGCUGGUCUGCACAGAAAGUAACAAAUCUGCACCUAAUGCUACAGCUUAUUCGUGUCCUGGUCUCUCCCACCAACCCUCCUGGUGCUACCAGUAGCUGCCAGAAAGCCAUGUUCCAGUGCGGCUUAUUGCAGCAGCUUUGCACUAUCCUAAUGGCUACUGGGAUUCCUGCUGAUAUCCUGACUGAGACCAUUAAUACUGUAUCAGAGGUUAUCCGAGGCUGUCAAGUAAACCAAGACUACUUUGCUUCUGUAAAUGCACCUUCAAACCCACCAAGACCGGCAAUUGUAGUACUUCUCAUGUCUAUGGUUAAUGAAAGGCAGCCAUUUGUAUUGCGCUGUGCUGUUCUCUAUUGUUUCCAGUGUUUCUUAUAUAAAAACCAAAAAGGACAAGGAGAAAUUGUGUCAACACUUCUACCUUCCACAAUUGAUGCAACAGGUCAUUCAGUCUCUGCUGGUCAGUUAUUAUGCGGAGGUUUGUUUUCUACUGAUUCACUUUCAAACUGGUGUGCUGCUGUGGCCCUUGCCCAUGCUUUGCAAGAAAAUGCCACCCAGAAAGAACAGUUGCUCAGGGUUCAACUUGCUACAAGUAUCGGCAAUCCUCCAGUUUCUUUAUUGCAACAGUGCACCAACAUCCUUUCACAGGGUGAUAAGAUCGACAGACGGGGAAGCAAAAUACAGACAAGAGUUGGAUUACUGAUGUUGCUUUGUACCUGGCUAAGUAACUGUCCCAUUGCGGUAACGCAUUUUCUUCACAAUUCAGCCAAUGUUCCCUUUCUUACUGGGCAAAUUGCAGAAAAUCUUGGAGAGGAAGAGCAGUUGGUCCAAGGCUUAUGUGCCCUUCUAUUGGGCAUUUCUAUUUAUUUCAAUGAUAACUCACUUGAGAACUACAUGAAAGAGAAACUGAAACAACUAAUAGAGAAGAGGAUUGGCAAAGAGAAUUUCAUAGAGAAACUAGGAUUUAUUAGCAAACAUGAGUUGUAUUCGAGAGCAUCUCAGAAACCCCAGCCCAACUUUCCCACUCCAGAAUACAUGGUGUUUGAUCAUGAGUUUACAAAGCUGGUAAAAGAACUUGAAGGUGUGAUAACUAAGGCUAUUUAUAAGUCCAGUGAAGAAGAUAAAAAGGAAGAAGAAGAGAAGAAAACAUUAGAACAGCAUGACAGUAUUGUGACUCACUACAAAAAUGUGAUUCGAGAGCAAGAUCUGCAACUUGAAGAUUUAAAACAACAGAUUUCUACAUUAAAAUGUCAAAAUGAACAGCUCCAAACAGCAGUCACUCAGCAAGUAUCUCAGAUUCAGCAACACAAAGAUCAGUAUAACCUUCUUAAAGUACAGCUAGGAAAAGACAAUCAUCAUCAAAGUUCUCACGGUGAUGGGGCUCAAAUGAAUGGCAUUCAACCAGAAGAAAUUGGUAGGUUGCGAGAAGAGAUAGAAAAUUUAAAAAGUAAUCAGGAACUUUUACGAAGCCAGCUGGCUGAAAAGGACUCUUUGAUUGAAAAAUUGAAAUCUUCCCAAACAUCCUCGGACACAAAUGAAGCAACCGCUUCAGCUAGAAAUUCUGAACAAAUUGCAGAAUUAAAACAGGAACUGGCAACAUUAAAGUCUCAGUUAAACUCUAAAUCUGUGGAGAUUACCAAACUACAGACAGAAAAGCAGGAGUUGUUACAGAAAACAGAAGCAUUUGCACAAUCAGUUCCUGUAUCAGGAGAGAGUGAAGCUGCAAUAGCUGCAAAAACUACUGAUGUAGAAGGAAGGCUUUCGGCAUUAUUACAAGAGACUAAAGAGUUAAAGAAUGAAAUUAAAGCUCUGUCUGAGGAAAGAACUUCUAUUAAAGAGCAGCUGGACUCAUCUAACAGUACCAUUGUCAUUUUACAAAAUGAGAAAAACCAGCUAGAGGUGAACAUUAAAGAUGCUAAAAAAGAACAGGAUGAUCUCUUGGUGCUGUUGGCUGAUCAGGAUCAGAAAAUAUUGUCAUUAAAGGAUAGACUCAAGGAACUCGGUCAUCCAGAGGAAGAAGAGGAUGAAUCCGCAGACCAAGAUGAUGAGGAUGAUGAAGAUGAAGAUGAUGACAAGAGCCAGGGUGAUAAUUAG